CUUGUGGAUACUGGCUCCAUGGUUACUACCAUUACUGAGAGUUAUUUUAAUGAACAUUUUGCGCAUCUACAAAGGAAAGAGUGUAAUUGGCUCGGCCUCAAGGCAGCAAACGGGCUUGACAUACCGUAUAGUGGCUAUGUGGAGAUGGAGAUAGUGGUGCUGGGGCAAUGUAUUUCGGGGAGGGGGGUCCUGAUAGUCAAAGACCCAGAGGAUGCCGCGUCUAUCUACCGCAAGGCAGCCAUACCAGGGAUUUUGGGUAUGAAUGUACUGGGGGAAUGUUAUCAGGCCCUUUUUGAAAAGUUAGGCUCUCAGCUCUUUCAUUCCCCCCUGAUUGAAUCGGCAGGCCCGGCGGCUCGACAAGCUUUGAAGCAAUGUGAGAGGAUCAAGGCCGUCGUCAACGCCACCAAGCCCUUUAGGGUCAAAGUCCAAGGGACGGCAUCCAUCUGCCUCAAGGCAGGUGCCCUCACCAUGGUCCCAGUCUCAUGCCCCCACCUGGAGACCGCCGAUUUCCUGCUGGAGCCACCCAGUUUUGAAGAGGAGCAGCUGCCGGAGGGUCUCCUGAUGUCACCCACCCUCGUCUGCGCCCGGAAAGGGCUCCUGUAUGCACCCGUGGUGAACGUGAAUCAGGUUGAAGUGUGGCUCCCCCCACGUCGUGUCAUUGGCACAGUGCAGGCUGUGGCAACGACUCCUCUCCGAAGUACACCCAUCACAGUAGAGCCAUCCUGGGAAAAAUGUUACGCGUAUGUGUCCGCUCAAGAAGUGUCCCCACCAGUGGCCACCCCUGACCAUGUGCAAGAUUUUGUUGGUCUUACUCAGCAUCAGGCCACCCAAGCCCAGUCCCUCCUCCACAAGUAUGGCAGUAUAUUCUCUCAGAGCGAGGCAGAUCUAGGCUGUACCACACUGAUCACUCACGAAAUCCCCUUGUUAGAUGAGGCCCCUGUUCGUCAACCAUACCGACGCAUCCCACCCUCCCAGUACGAGAUGGUGAAGGCGCAUAUUCAACAACUCCUUGACAGCCAGGUAAUUAGGGAGAGCUCCAGCCCCUACUCCUCCCCCAUUGUCCUUGUAACCAAGAAGGACGGCAGUCUCAGGCUCUGCGUUGAUUAUCGCCAGUUAAACUCCAAGACUCGCCGUGAUGCCUACCCCCUCCCCAGGAUAGAGGAGUCACUGGAUGCGUUGUCAGGGGCCAGGUGGUUUUCCACUUUAGACCUUGCAAGUGGGUACCAUCAAGUCCCAGUGGCAGAGAAGGACAAGUUUAAAACUGCCUUCUGCACCCCGUUUGGCCUUUUUGAGUUUAAUAGGAUGGCAUUUGGCCUCUGCAACGCACCCAGUACCUUUCAGCGCCUCAUGGAGCGUAUAUUCGGUGAUUGCCGAUACCAAUCUGUUCUCCUGUAUCUUGAUGAUGUCAUCAUUUUUUCCUCCUCGGUCGAACAACACCUUGAGCGGCUGGAAGAGGUGUUCCGGAGGCUGGACGAGCAAGGACUGAAGGCUAAGCUGUCAAAAUGCAAAUUCUUUCAGCGUGAGGUGAGCUACCUGGGGCACGUCGUCUCUGCUGAGGGGGUAUCCACCGAUCCGUCUAAAAUUGAAGUAGUAAGGGAGUGGAGGCGUCCAGGCCACCUUGCAGAGCUCCGGUCCUUCCUGGGCUUUGCGAGUUAUUAUCGUCGUUUUGUGGAGGGAUUCGCCAAGAUUGCCGCCCCUCUACACCAACUGGUGGGAAAGCUCAGUGGGCCCCGGCGAAAGGGAAAGACUCCACCCCUCCCUCUGGGCACGGCGUGGGAUGAUUCGUGCGAGCAUGCGUUUGAGGUCCUGAAGAAGAAACUCACCUCUGCCCCUGUGUUGGCCUACGCCGAUUUCCAGAAGCCCUUCAUAUUGGAGGUGGAUGCCAGCCAUGGUGGGCUUGGGGCCAUCUUGUCUCAAGAACAUGGGGGAAAGGUCCGGCCAGUGGCAUUUGCCAGCCGUGGACUCAAGCCAACUGAGAAGAACAUGGAGAAUUACAGCUCCAUGAAGCUGGAACUCCUGGCAGUAAAGUGGGCCGUUACAGAGAAGUUCCGAGAGUACCUACUCGGGCACCAGUUUACCAUCUUAACUGAUAACAAUCCACUGAGCCAUCUGCAGACGGCAAAGCUAGGUGCACUCGAACAACGAUGGGCCUCACAACUCGCCUCCUUCAACUUUGUUAUCAAGUACCGCCCCGGCCGGACUAAUCAGAAUGCAGAUGGCCUGUCCAGGCAGUACUUGGAGCGGUUCACCUUUGGCACAGCGGUACCGGAACUGGGUCCCUUGGUUGCGAGGUGCCAGCCUUUGGCUCUGGGGGCUCACUGUGAAGAGGUUACUGCCUUGCCAGAGCGCAUGCCUCAAGAUCUCCAGGGCCUGCAGGAGACUGACCCUGUCAUUGGGCCUGUCCGGUUGCACUUUCAAAGGGGACAGUGGCCGCGCACUGAAGAACGUGGGUUGAUGCCACAAGCCAGCCGGCGUCUUCUCCGUGAGUGGGACCGGCUGGCGGAGCGUGAAGGGGUGCUGUACCGCCUUGUUCAACUCGUGAGUGGUGGUCCAGAGGUGCCACAACUGCUGCUGCCCCAAUGCCUGAAGGACGAAGUGCUGCGAGGUGUGCAUGACGACCAGGGCCACCAAGGAGCAGAAAGGACCUUUGAACUCCUGCGAGCCCGCUGCUUUUGGCCGAACAUGUUUCAGGAUGUGGAGGAAUGGUGCCGGAAGUGCAAGAGGUGCGUGCUGGGGAAGGGAGUGCUUCCAAAGGUGCGGGCGUACUGGGGCACACUACAAGCGAGUAGGCCAAAUGAAAUCCUAGCCAUGGACUUCACUUCCCUGGACCCUGCAAGUGAUGGAAGGGAGAGUGUGCUGGUCCUCACUGACGUCUUCACAAAAUAUACCCAGGCCAUCCCGACCCAUGAUCAGAAAGCGACCACCGUGGCCCGUGUCCUGGUGCAGCAAUGGUUCUAUAGAUUUGGGCCACCAGCACGGCUACAUUCUGACCAAGGGAGGAACUUUGAGAGCCUUGUGAUUAAACAGCUCUGCCAAAUGUACGGAAUCCAGAAAAGCAGGACAACUCCGUACCAUCCCCAAGGAAAUGGUCAGUGUGAAAGGUUCAACAGGACGCUACAUGACCUCAUACGCACAUUACCAGUGGCCGACAAGCGCCGGUGGCCCCAGCACCUGCCCCAGCUCACCUACGCCUACAACACCACCCCACACCAGACCACUGGUCACUCGCCAUACUUUCUGAUGUUUGGCCAGCACCCCAGGCUGCCCGUAGACUUCCUCCUCGGCACCAACAGUACACCUCAUGAGCAUGACGGCCUGGAGGAGUGGAUCCGAAAACACCAACAGAGCGUGCAUAUGACUCAGGAACACGUCAGACAACGGGCUGCUGACCAGGCACGGAGGCGGAAUCAGGGCCACAACGAUCGAGUGAAUGACGCUGGGUUCCGAGAGGGCCAGCUGGUACUUCUGCGUAAUCAUGCCCAGGGUCGGAACAAGAUCCAAGACCAUUGGCUUGCCAACACGUUCCAGGUGCUUCACAAUGCCGGUACUGUCUACACUGUGGCUCCUUUGGGCGGGGGGUCCUGUCGCCAAGUCCAUCGGACCGAGUUAAGGGCCGUGCCAGAUGGGUGGCAGCCAGAGACCGAUGGGCACGCUCACCCCGUGGCGCCGACCAAAGGACAGCGGGUGGGGAGGAGACCUUCUCCUACAGAGACAGACCCAACUGAUGGCGCAGUGGUUCUGUACCGUGAAGGGGGGGGGGCAGAGGACUCACUCCCGGCCCCCGGAGAAGGAGAAGCCCUGGCCGACGAUCUGAGAGUCCACGAACCAAUGCCUGGUGCUGGAUCGGACCAAGCACAAGCCCCGCCCCCAGAUGACGUGCCAGUUUCGCUGGAGGAUGAACCCUUGCCUUUGCGGCGUACGACCCGAGUUACAGCCGGUUGUCAUACCAAUCCCCACCGUCUUCCACAGAGCAGUGUCGUAGCCAGUGGCGAGGACGGCCCCCAAGAGGAGGGCAACCGGGAGGAAGAGGUGAUCGAGGGCCUAAAGGCGUGCAGGGAGCCAAAGGAGUCGAAGGAGAAGAGGGACCCGCAGGACAACAGACGGCAGGAUAGCGACCUUGAGUUGAGCAGACACCCCAUCAAUAUGACCGACCCAGCAGGGGCCGCACCACGGCCUUCAGUGAUGCCAGUCUUCAUGGGAGCACCGUGGGCACCAAGAUUUGGAGGCCCAGGUUCAGAGUUACAGCUCCAAGAGUGGGUGUCCCAGACCAAGUACCUUGCCGGUCUACAGGGGCUGAGCGACCAACAGCAGGUACAGUUUGUGCUCGGGUCGUUGGAGGGGGAAGCUAAGAGAGAGGUACUGGCUACCCCGGAAGCCUCUCGCAACACUGUUGGCAAAAUCUUUGAGCUGCUAAAGGAAUUGUAUGGAGACCGCACAUCUGUGGCAGCUUUAAGGGCACAAUUUUUUAACUGUAAGCAAGGGCCGAAACAACCACUCCGUUCCUUCUCGCUGCAGGUCCGGGAGCUGUUUAACAGACUGAAAAGACGUGAGGACUCCGGAUUGCCAGCGGACGACGACAAGCUGCUGCGAGACCAGUUUAUACUGGGACUGCGGGACGGACAACUCAAACAGACGCUCAAACUACAGUUGCGGGGCAAUGCUACCCUGAAAUUCGAGGAUAUCCAGAAGGAGGCGCUUGCGCUUGAGAUGGACCAGGUUGAGCCCGAUGCCCAUGCGACCGACUGCUUCGCUGCCAGUGCAACCCCACGUGACUCGACCCCGAUGGCCGACUGGAAGAAGGAGCUGCGGGAGGAGAUCAUGAAGGAUGUAAAGGAGCAAAUGAGUCAUCUCUCAAAGACCCUCCUGGACGAACUGCGCGGCCCACCAUCCAGAGGCCUUCAACCACCACGGGAGAGGUCCUAUUCCGAUGGAUCCUGGAGGGGGAGACAGUCAGCCAAUCUGCAGUCGAUGUGGGAAAGCGGGACACAUGAGCCGGAACUGCCCCUCCCGUCGGGCUUCUCAAGAGGGUUUUUAGCUUCCCCGGCCACUGUGGGGCAAGUGGCCGGGACUAGCCUACAACAUCCCCCUCCACGCAAUCGCCAUGCAUUAGUAGGUCAAUGUCCCGUAGUCGAUAUCAAGGUAAAUGAAAAGCCUGUCCGAUGCCUUGUCGACACGGGCUCCCAGGUUACCCUGUUCGCAGAGAGUCUGUGUGAAGAACUGUUCGAUCACCAAGAAAUGCAGGGCGCUGAAGCUCCUUGGUUGACACUACGAGGGGCAAAUGGGUUGGAAAUACCAUGUGUGGGGUACGUGGUUGUGGACUUGAACAUAAGGGGGGUUUGUGUGCCGGCCAAGGGGGUGGUAGUGGUUAAGGAUAAAUGCCUGGGCAGCCACAGGGCGUUAUUAGGAAUGAAUGUUCUCACCGAUUGUUGGAAAGAUGUGUUGCAGGGAAUUGGAGCAGCUGUACCAGGUGCAAAGAAAACCUCAGUGGAUCGAGAGUGGGAGCCAGUGGUUGCCGACUGCCGCCGGGUACAUGCAGCAACAUCUCGCCCAGAACAGGUGGACACUGCACGCGCAGCAUGCCGCUACGCCAUCACCAUACCCGGCAGUAGCGAAGCACUGGUCUGGGCAAGGCUGCCAGCCCGGGCUUAUGGGCUGGAGGACUGCGUACUCAUCGAGCCCCACAAAGGCUCUCCCCAACUCGAAGUUGCCCGGGCUCUCGCCAAGGUACAGCGUGGGCGUGUCCCUGUGCGGGUGCGAAAUGCAAAACCCUACCCUGUAACAGUGCAUCGGCACCAAGGCCUGGCUCAAGUGACCACCAUCACCCCACAACAAGUGAAGCACGGCCGGGACAUAAGCUGCAUGGUGGUGAGUCCCGGGGUGGUCGAGGUUGGGGUUGUGGAGGUGACCCAGGGGGUGGGAAGUGAUGCUGAAAGUGUACCUGGUUUGCCUAACCAUCUCAAGUGUGAGUCCUUACAGGGGGAUGGGCUAGACCCUGGGCAACAACAACAGCUGCAGCAACUUCUCACUAAAUGGCAACACAUCUUCUCAUCACACGAAGAGGACUACGGUUGUACCAGCAUCAUCAAACAUCAGAUCCCAACUGGGGAUGCUGCACCGAUCCGGGAGAGGUAUCGGCCCGUGCCUCCAACUCUGUACCAAGAGAUCCGUACCCUGCUAAAAGGUAUGUUGGAUGGUGGGAUUAUACGGGAGAGCAGCAGCCCCUGGGCAGCCCCGAUCGUGCUUGUACAGAAAAAGAAUGGUUCCUGGAGAUUCUGUGUAGACUACAGAAAGUUGAAUGCUGUAACCCGAAAAGAUGCUUUCCCACUCCCCAGGAUUGAGGACUCCCUCACUAGUCUGACUCAAGCAAACUGGUACUCCACUCUGGACCUGGCCAGUGGAUACUGGCAGGUUCAGGUGGAAGAUGGUGAUAGAGAGAAGACGGCCUUCACCACACCAUUCGGACUGUAUGAGUGGGAUCGAAUGCCCUUCGGGCUGUGCAACGCCCCGGCCACCUUCCAGCGCCUCAUGCAGCGGUGUCUGGCAGGGCAGUUGGCAGACUCCACGCUAGUGUACCUUGAUGAUGUAAUUGUUCUGUCCCCAGAUUUCACCACACACCUGGACCACCUGGAGGGGGUGUUCAAGGCGUUGGGGCAGUACGGGCUGAAGCUACGACCAGAAAAGUGUCAGCUGCUCCAGAAGGAGGUCAAGUUCCUUGGGCACUGUGUCAGCGGCAAAGGGGUGGCUCCCGAUCCGGAAAAGGUGACUGCCGUACAGGAUUGGCAGCCACCAACUACGGUGAGGCAGGUACGCUCAUUCUUAGGAUUUGUAGGCUAUUACAGGCGCUUUAUCAAGAAUUUUUCUAAGAUCGCCAAGCCCUUGAAUGCCUUACUAGUUGGUACGUCACGUACUCGUGGCCGGAAGUCUCCAGAAGUCACCUGGACCUCAGAGUGCACAGAUGCAUUCAACAUCCUGAAGCAAGAGCUCUUGCAGGCGCCCAUUUUAGCAUACGCCGACUUCACCAUACCCUUUAUUGUGUACACGGACGCCAGUAAUUCUGGGUUGGGGGCAGUUCUAGCCCAACAACAGGAUGGGGCAGAGCGAGUAAUAGCGUAUGCCAGCCGAAGCUUACACCCGGCUGAGCGCAAUACCUCAAAUUACAGUUCCUUCAGGAUAGAGCUCCUGGCCAUGAAAUGGGCGCUGGCCGAGAAAUUUAAGGACUACCUCUGGGGCAAUAAAGUGACCGUAGUGACCGAUAACAACCCCCUGGUCCACCUGCAGAAGGCAAAACUGGGGGCAGUGGAGCAGAGGUGGGUAGCGCAGAUGGCCAAUAUCGAUUACACAAUACAAUACCGACCUGGCCGCCUCCACACUAAUGUUGAUGUUCUGUCUAGACCUUCCCCCUCAGAAGCAGAUCCUGGUACCGGGGCAGCCGAAUCCCCACCUCCGGAGGACGAGGAGCUCUUGAUAGGAGUCGUGGAAGCCCCAGGGACCCCCACGGAUGCAGCGCCCACAUCCUGGGGAUGGGAUCCAGACCGCUGGCGAGGCCUGCAAGAGGAGGAUGUUGACCUGGGGGCCAUCAUCCAGUUUCUGAAGGAGGGACCACCAGCCUCCGCGCUAGAGCGUCAGGCCCAGACGCCGGGGGUGCGACACCUACUGAGUCAUUGGACCAGGUUAGGACUCAAGGACGGAGUAGUGUGUCGUUCGGCGCAAGAUCCUGUCACUAAUGAGCUAGUGUCACAGAUUGUUGUCCCCCAAUCCCAGGUCCAGUCACUGCUGGAGGCCUACCAUACCCAACUCGGCCACCAGGGACAAGAGCGGACCCUCUCCUUGCUCCGGCGCCACUUCUACUGGGGGCAGAUGGAAGCCUCCGUCGCCGCCUUCCGCCGGGACUGCCAACGCUGCAUUCUUCGGAAGGACCGUCCGAACGACAGAGCACCCCUGGUACCCAUCAUCCCCGAAGCGCCGCUCCAUAUGUUGGCCAUGGACUUCCUGACCCUCGGCCGCCCAGCAGAUCAAUACCAGAACAUCCUGGUCAUUACGGAUCUCUUCACGAAGUAUGCCUGGGCCGUGGCCACCACUGACCAGACCGCUGUGACAACCGCCAGAGCACUUUGGCUGAAGGUGAUCCAGCCCUUUGGGUGCCCGGAAGUGCUGCACUCGGACCAGGGCCCAAACUUUGAGUCUGCUGUAAUCCGAGAGCUGUGCCACCUGUAUGGAUGUAAGAAGACUCGCACUACCCCCUACCACCCACAAGGGAACGGGGGGUGCGAGAGAUUCAACCAGACCCUUCUAAGCCUGCUCGGAACACUGGAAGUAGAGCAACAGCAUCGGUGGACGGAGUAUCUCCCCGCUUUGGUGCAGGCCUAUAACAACAGUGUCCACAGCACCACCGGCUAUGCCCCCACCUACUUGAUGUUUGGCCGACACAUACGCCUGCCUAUGGACCUCCUCUUCGGCACCAAGAGCCACGAACAGGCCCGAGACGCCACCGAGUGGGUGAGUGCACAUCAUGCUAAGCUUGAAUUUGCUUAUAACAAAGUUUCCCAACACUUAGGUGCAGCAGCAGAGAGGAGGAAGCGUCAGUACGAUCGGACGGCCCGGGACGCCCCCCUGCUACCAGGCGAGCGAGUCCUGGUGAAAGACUGCAGACGUCAAGGGAGAGGAAAGCUGUGUGAUCGCUGGGAGGCCAGGCCCUAUGUGGUAAUCGACCGACCACGCCCUGAGAUCCCCGUCUACCGUGUCCGGCCAGAAGGAAAGCCAGGGCCAGAUCGUGUUCUGCACCGCAACCUCCUACGGCCCUGCCCACAUUACCCAGAGGCGACUCGAGAGGCUGCGCCAGAGCCCAGACCUCCACCAACACCUUCAGCAGGCUGGGCUUGGGCCCCUGUGAUCUUGCCCCAACCAGUUGCGGCACCAGAUGGCGGACCAGAGAACCGGCGCCCCCAGAGAGCGAACCAAGGGAGGCCACCACAAAGGUAUGGAGAUUGGGCUUCUUAGACCCGUCCUCGGGACGAGUACGGACUAGCGGGGGAGGGUGUCACCAGGCGGAACUGCAUCCACCGACACUGUUUCCGGGGGGAACAGUUUCGAAACAACACCUAAGAUGGCGGCCUCCGUGCCGGUAAACAGCAGCCCAUUUCAUGAAGGCUGGCGGGCCAAUCUAGUGAUUAAUCAGUAAGACACUCAAACAAUUAACCACCGAUUGGGUAGCGGUAGAUGGGAGUGCCUUUAAAAAGUGUUUGUGUCUGAGCUUCCAACACGCAGGACCGGAGCAGCGACCCGACCGACAGGACGAAGCCGAGAGAGAGGAAACCGUGGAUGACUGGCGGAGUUGGGAACGACUGAACCGCUGUGGAAGGACCCCCCCCCCCCUCGCAGACCGAAACCCGUGGACGGAGCCCCCAGCUGCCCUUUGGGCGAGAUAAGUGGAAUCGUGCUUGCUUGCUAUACCCCUAGCCGCUGCCAUACCUCUGCUUCACGCUUCGCUAGCAGCUAAAGCUACCUUCUGCUCCCUGCCCGUACGCUUGGCCUUAACCCUUUAGCUGCCUGAACUGUCUGCUGCAUCGUGCUGUACCCACCGCUGCUGCUCUUAACCCCUGCUCCCUGCCCGUACGCUUGGCCUUAACCCUUUAGCUGCCUGAACUGUCUGCUGCAUUGUGCUGUACCCACCUCUGCUGCUCUUACCCCUGCUCCCUGCCCGUACGCUUGGCCUUAACCCUUUAGCCGCCGAACUGUUGCAAUUGUGCUGUGCUCGCCUCCCCUGCUAUCUCACCGCAUGCGCUGCUACCCCCCCCCCUGUGCCCUGCUUGUCUGCAUGCUGCUAGCUCUGUGCCCUGCUAGAACUGUGUUGUGCUUGCCUUUCUGACCUGCCCCUGCAUACCACACCGCUGCAACCCCCCGCCACUGCUUUUACCAAGGCUGCUAACCCAGGGCCCCAGUACUGCUGAAACUGUCUCGUUAUUCCUCUCUUGGCCCUGCUCUAGCUACUUGCUAACCGCCCCCUGUCCUCUGCUCUUUAGUGCCCCCCCCCAUAGGAACAGCAAUAGCCCGGGCCCGUUGUGCCGAAGACCCUGCUGCCGAGGCUCUCUCCCUCUCGCUCCCGACGUGGGCCUGUCAUCACGUGUGAGUGUAGUUAAUUCGAGUGUUUCACUUGUUUGCCGUGUAGUGUUCUGUGUGACCCCCGUUUCUCUCAGGCCCGUUGGUGAGACUGCACGGCUGUAGGCCCAAACUAAACAACUCUAUCGCUGCUCCACCCCUUUCCCCCAAAGCCAAGGAUCUCGUAGACCCCCCUUUGACCUGAAACCCAGUGUCGUCCCCUCCGGCCCCUUCCGUCCAGCUCACCGCCUUGCCUGACUUAAUGUGUGCUGUGCCUCGUUCACCCUGCUUGGAUUGCUAACCUCAUUAACUCAUCGCGUGCCACAAGUGUGCUUCUGACUUAAUGUGUGCUGUGCCUCAUUCACUCUGCUUGGAUUGCUGAACUUCAUUAACUCAUCGUGUGCCACGAGUGUGCUUCUGACUAUUCCCCUCAGGCUUGGCUGCGGAGCUGGAGAUUCCGCACUCGGACAGGACUGGAGCGACCCGACCCUUCUUCCUCCCCCCCUCUCUCUGGCUGCCUUGGACGCCCCUCUCCCCCCGGACUCUCACCCCCCAGCACAAUUCCUAUUUUAGUUAAUAAAACAUAACCUUUUUGACUUCAUUCUGUGGUCCUGUGUCUUAUUGGUGGUGUGUCUCAACUCCUCAAGGUUGCUAGGGGUAAAGUUUCAAGUAGGCAU